AUGACUGAAACUCCACAACAUAUUUCUAAUCCUGACCUUACCACCAUAUUUGGUGGAGUCUAUUACAUCCAUCCUUCAAACACUGCUUCCAAACUUAUGACUGAUGUUUUUGAUGGUACUUCAUACAUUGAUUGGCAAGAAUCCAUACUCUUAAGCCUUUCAACUAAGAACAAAUUAGGAUUCAUAGAUGGUAGUUUGCCUAAACCUCCUGCCACAGAUCAUACAUACAAAGCUUGGUGUCGUUGCAAUGAUCUUGUGAAGAGUUGGUUGCUAGCAUCGGUUGACAAAACAGUUGGUAGAAGUGUGCGAUUUAAAAAGACUGCUGCUGAUGUUUGGACAGACUUGGCUGAAAGAUUUGGUCAACCUUCAUCUACCCUCUUGUAUUCUUUACAAAAGAAAUUACUACUACUUGAACAAGGCAGUGAUUCCAUAUCUGAAUUUUAUACCAAAAUCAUGGCUAUAUGGGAUGAAAUAGACAAUCAAGAUCCCCUUGCUAUUUGUGCUUGCAAUAAUUGUAUUUGUGCUACAGGUAGAAAGAAUUUGAAAUCUCAACAAGAUAGUAGGGUAAUGAUGUUUCUUAUGAAGUUGAAUGAUGAUUAUGUUCAAGCCAGAACCAAUAUCUUGAUGAUGAAUGAACUUCCUAGUUUGGGGAGUGCAUACAGAUUCUGUGUGCAAGAAGAACGACAUAAAGAAAUCAAGCAGGUUGUUUCUUCUUCCCAUGAAUCCCUUGCUUUUGCAGCUGAUCGAAGAAAAUUUCAAGAUAAAAAUAAUUUUACCAAGAGCACAUAUUAA